CCAAUCCGUGCAGGUUGGACUAGUGUAACGGCACUGCUCACUGGGCUCUCCGGACGAGCUGUAAGACAGCUGCAGAACGUCCAGAAUGCUGCUGCUUGAGUCCUCACUAGAAGGAGAAAAUACAAGCGUAUUAAUCAGUGCUCAGGUAGGCACUGGAUUGGAACCUAAUCUGGGAUUUGGUGGCUGAGUGCUGAGUGGUGUGGAAACCCAGGGACGAACCUACGAAGCAACGCCGACUAGUGGGACCCAGCAGAGACGGGGAUUACAGAUUACAUCCAUUCCCAAUCCCAAACUCACACGCGCACAUACCGGCGGCGCAUGACAGUGGUAGCAAGGCAGGUAGCGGUGCCACCGAGGAGCUUCUUUUGCUCAUGGAGGUCUGCAAGACAUAUUGAUUGACAUCCAGGUGAAUGCAAGAUGUUUCCUUGGUCAGCCGUAUUCUCCCUUGAACCAAAAGUGCCGGGCCAGCGCACCAGCGAGGAGCUGGUCACCAACACCCUGAUGCUGGAGUUGGGCGCCAUGGUGAAGCGCACCGAACGCAUCCGCCUGGAACAGGCCGCUGAGGGCCGCCGCCGCCGCCGCAGUUCCUCUUCCGUGGCCGACUACACCUGGCUGGCCAACCCGCAGAACCCGCAGCCGUAUGAGCUGACCCCCAACGACAUGCUGGAGCUGCAGGGCCUCUGUGCCAAAAUCCCCCCCGCCCAGUGCGGGCCGGUCAUCGUCAGGUUCAGGAGGCUGGUGUCCCAGAUGGAGCCCGAGGUCUACGAGGUGCCCCGCCUGUUCCGCUCGGUGCUGCGCGACUGCCUGGAGGAGCUGACCUCGGGAGAAGAAGACGACCAGAUGCCUCACAACACCCCGAUCAAGCAGCAGCGCAGCAAGAGCCUCUCCUUCAUCACCUUCCGCACCAAAUUCCGAACAGGCUACUUCUUCAAGGGAAGCGGCCUGAGGGGAUCCAGGGGGAACCUGCAGCAGCAGGUGGAUUGGUCGGACGAGGAGGAGGACGACGACGGAGAGGAGGAGGCCAUUAAGGCCAGAUUUAGGAAGGGAAGGAGCCGCAGCAUGCCGGAGAUUACGCCUUUGGAGCAAAGUGCACAGGGCUGAUGUAGUAGAGCAGACGUGCCAAACUCGUGCCCUGGAGGGCGAGACGCUACAGAUUUUCUCUCCAACCAGUUUCUUCAGCAGGUGAUUUAAUUGAUGCGCUCCUUCCCUCAAACUGAAGGUGUUGAUCAUUAAAAUCACCUGCUUUAGUGGCCCUCCAUGGCACGAGUUUGACACCCCUGUAGUAGAGAAAGGGUAGGUCAAAGAAUGUAAAUAUAAGCCACAAAACUAUUUUGUAAAAUUAGAUUUUGUAAAAAGGCUAAAAAACAAAACCUUAUGCGGUCGCGGUUCGAACAUGGCUCCCUCACUGUCUCUCUCACUCUGUCUCUGUUUCUCAAAAAAUAUUGAAUUAAUAAAUGAUCGCUGUUUCGUGGUUGUCUACGGCGCCAUUAUUAGUCCAAGAAAAAGCACGUUUAAGCAGACGUUACGUAUUCUAGGCCAAAAUUAAGCAUUUUCAACACAAAAAAUGUUCUAAAUGAACUAAAAUACAAAUACAGAAGGCAACACAAGACGUUGAUGAACUGUAGUCUACUGGCCACGAGGUGUCACUAGUAACACGAACCAGACUUGUUCGCCAACGACAGACUUAUUUUAAAAUGACUUAUUUCAAAACAGGCACAUUAAUAACAUAAUAAACUCUUGUGACCGUACUACAGCUCGGAAUGCCCGACGUCACUUCCUGUUCACGCGUCCGGAGCCAUUUAUUGAAACACACGAAUGUCUUACUUUCUCUGAUUAUAUUUAUUAUGUUGAGUAAUACUUUGGACACCCCUGGCUAAUGCCAUGCUAGCAAGCAGUUGCGUAAUACAAACAGCCUUGCAAGAAAGCUGUGUUAAUAAAGCUGCUUUUGUUACCAAUUUAAUAAAAAGGUUUUUCUUAAUACUUUGUAUAGACGCGAGCUCAUGUCCUGCCCAUCUGAAUGCGGUCUAUUUUGGCAAGUGACCUUAGAGCCCUGCAUGUCUAAUUAUAUCACUAAUCCUCUUAUCGCACAACAGAAUCCCACAAAUGCCAGCACCCUAUUAUUGUUUUAUUCAUAUGCAUUUUCCGAUCAAUACACCGUUGUCACUAUUUGCACUUUGUACACAGAAGGUAAGGCAGUCAGCUAAAAAAAAAAAAAUGUGGAAGAAUGAAUUCUUUCUUCUUAAAAAUUGGUCAUUUAAAUAACAUCCUGUACAUGAGAUCAAGAGGGGAGUCUGUGUGUGAGACAUCCAAACAAGACACUUCCAGGGUUGGUUAGGGUGCCUUCAAACCCCUUCAUAAGUACUGAUGUCAAACCUGAAAACUUUUUUUUUUUGAAGACUGGAAACUCUGUGGACCACCGGGUCCGUAUGGUUUCAUUCCAAAAUGCUCUGUUAGUUGCAUAAGCAGUCUUUCGUACUUGGACCAGCUGGGGCUUCUGUCAGCAAAGUUCUCCUGAGCUGGUCUGCUUGUGCUCGACUAUUGCGUCAGCUGUGCCACUGCUCCUUUAUACAUUUGGCAAAUAAACAAAACAUAUCUAAAAAUAUUUCACAUUGUCACCAGAGGGGGGAACCCCCCCCCAAAACAAACAAAAAAAGAAACACUGAUGAAAAAUGAGCAUCAUCUCAGAGGCAAAGCAGUCUGAGGGGGAGUUUGCAGUUUGGCUUGGAAACAGUAAAGUCAUAAACAGUAAAGGGGUGGAACAAAACGUGAGAAACUAAAUAAAAAAAAGACAGUUUGGAGAAUCAAACCAUUAAUUUAAAGCCAUUUGGAUUAAAUGUUUAUGAAUAAUUGGUCGAAGUCGGAGCAGCUUUCUAUUCACGCACUACAAAAGUGGGGCUUUAAGAGAACUUCUUGAGGAAAAAGUUGUCCAUUCCUCCGCGCGAUUAAGAUCACGUCUCCUAAGAAAAGUUUGUAUUUCUUCUAGGAGAAUCCAAAGCUUGUGUAUAACCAUCCCUUCCGUGUCCUUCAAAAGCCAGUCGAGCUUUAGCUUCUCUUCCCGUCAUGCAAAGUGCUUCCUUUCUCCACUUGCCCUUCAAGCGAGGAAGACGACAAAAAUGAUGAAGAAGAUGACGAGGACAAGAAAGAUCUUGAUCAUCAGCCAGCGAUUGGACGACACCGACUGGAAGUAUUUGAGGAUCUCCGAGUGGGCCGCCUCCACGUUCAGCUGCGUGUCCUCCACGUUGGAGUCGAUCCUGCGACAGGAAGGCCAAGGAUUAGUGUGACUAGACUUUCUAAAUUAGAGAUGCACGAUAUCUUAUUUGUUUCUCAAACCGAUACGGAUAACUUUCUGCUUCUCAAGACAAUACAGAUAACUUUUUUCAUAUCUAACUUUUUAAAAUGUAGAUGUACAGUGGUGUGAAGAAGUGUUCGCUCCCUUCCUGAUUUCUUUGCAUGUUUGUCCCACUUAAAUGUUUCAGAUCAUCAAACAAAUGUAAAUAUUAGUCAAUGACAACAACUCAACACAAAAUGCACUUUUUAAAUGAAACUUUUUAUUAUUAAAAAGGGACAAAAAACAAUCCAAACCUACAUGGCCGUGUGUGGAAAAGUGAUUUAACGGGGGUGGGGCAUUAUCCACAAAUGGUGAAAACAUGGACCAGUGGUGAACCUUCCCAGGAGGGGCCGGCCAACCAAAAUGAACCCAAAAGCGCAGCGACGAUUCAUCCAAGAGGUCACAAAAGACCCCACAACAACAUCCAAAGAACUGCAGGCCUCACUUGCCUCAGUUAAGGUCAGUGUUCAUGACUCCACCAUAAGAAAGACACUGGGCAAAAACGGUCUGCAUGGCAGAGUUCCAAGACCAAAACCACUGCUGAACAAAAACAACAUUAAGGCUCAUAUCAAUUUUUCCAGAAACCUCAGCCUUGAUGAACCUCAAGACCUUUGGGAAAAUACUCUGUGGUCUGACAAGGCAAAAGUUGAACUGGUUGGAAGUUGUGUGUCCCAUUACAUCUGCUGCAUUUCAGAAAAAGAACAUCAUAGCAACAGUAAAAUGUGGUGGUGGUAGUGUGAUGGUCUUCAGGGCCUGGAAGACUUGCUGUGAUAAAUGGAAGCAUGAAUUCUGCUGAAGGAGAAUGUCCGGCCAUCUGUUGGUGACCUCAAGCUGAAAGCAACUUGGGUUCUGCAGCAGGACAAUGAUCCAAAACACACCAGAAAGACUUUGGAGUGGCCUAGUCCAAGUCCUGACCUGCUUCAUGCUGGAAAAGCUUCCAAUGUGGCUGAAUGACAACAAUUGUGCAAAAUUCCUCCCCAGCGCUGGAAGAGACUCAUUGCAAGUUAUCACAAACGCUUGAUUGCAGUUGUUAUUAGCUUUAGGGGGCAAUCACUUCUUCACACAGGGACAUGUAGCUUUGGGGUUUUUUCCUCUCUUAAUAAAAAAGUUUCAUUUAAAAACUGCAUAAAGUGUGGAAUUGUGUUGUCAUUGACUAAUAUUUACAUUUGUUUGAUGAUCUGAAACGUUUACGUGUGACAAACACGCAAAAAAAUAAGAAAUCAGGAAGGGGGCAAACUCUUUUUCACACUACUAAGUGUAGUUUGUGCACACCUGGAGGUAAGGAGGACUGGAACAAAUGAGGAUUUGUUGAUUAGUCCUAAUCACUACUACCACAUCACUACUAUCAGGAGAACCAGAGUAUAGAGGGGGAGGAGCCACCUGCUGUGGCCCAGCAAGGUGCACUGUAUUCGGACACACGCUCCAAGCAGCAGGCGUGAUGCCACGGAUGGCUGAUAAGGUUUUUUGUGUUCUUGAUGGUUUUUCCCCCCCCCUCAUCGUGGGGCAUUUGGUACAACUAACACACGAAAUGUCUUCCUCAGAGAGUGAAUGUUUGUUUCCAAGUGAGCUUAGGGGAAGUUACCAUAGGCUGUUAAUGUCACAGGCAGGAGAAAAAAGGAGCACUUGAUUUGCUCACAUGCAGAGUGUGGGUAAUCUCGCCUCGUUGGAGAGUUUUUUUUAGAUUAUCGGAGCAAUUUUUAAUGUUACCGGAUUUAUCAGCAUGAUGUCAUAAUUCCCUCAUAACGACCCAAUAAUUAUCGUCAACAAAAGUAGAAGAAAAUACACAAAAUUGCAUAGCAUGGACUAACCUUUGGAUGGUCUCCUCCUGCUCUUUGACCAUGUGUGCCAGCUGCUGGAAUAUUGAACCCAGUUCCACGAUGGUGCUUUCGAUGUUCUGCAUAGUAUCUGCACGGCUCUGGAUGUAGGAGUCCUGUGGAAGGAAGACACAGCAGCAGUGUGCCAAGGAUUAGUGGAAAGAAAAAUGCACAGUUGGGAUAUUUAGCCACGAUUUACAAAAUCUGCUGGUCUAGCCAGUAGCAUAGAUAUGUACAUAUGUCCUUUGACACCAAGAACCUCAAUGUAGACCUUGUAGAAAUGCAAUUUUAAGUAUGUCAUUCUGGAGAAAAAUGGCUCCGUACUUAAAAGUAA